AAAACUGUCACAUAACAUCGAGCCCGUUUAGCGGAAAUAUACGAACAGUCGGUGUGUUUGUUUUUGUCUCAAACAAACAGUUUAGAUGUGUUGACGAACAGACAGACACGAAUUCCUGCUGCCCCGUGUCCUAUGUCAAGUACACCCUUUGUCCCUGGUGUCGUCCACCGGGGGCGCUAGUGCUCUCUCUGCUCGGCGGGCAGGUUUGUUGCCGGAAGUUCCCACGGAAGAAGAGCGGAGCAGCGAUGGUGCGGGUGAAGUCGAGGUAUUUACUGUGCGAGGUGAACGUGUCGGACCGGAGCAGCUUACUGCUGCUGGAUGACCGAGCGGUGUCAGCGACAGUGAAGGCGGCGGUGGCCCGAAUACACGGAGACUAUGGAGCCGCUCUGUGCAGCAUCAGGUUCAACGUGAAAUAUCUGAACGCUCACACUGGAAUAGUGUUCCUGCGUUUCCCCAAAAGUUGCUACAGACUCCUCUGGUCUGCUUUGCCAUUCAUCACCUGUAUUGAGACUCGCGGGCAGAAAAUCCCCUGUUUUCUCAACUGUUUGCAUGUAGGAGGAACAAUUAGAACGUGUCAGAAGUUUCUGAUUCGUUACAACAAACAGCAGCUUCAUCGAAUGCUCCCCACGUGUAAAACAAAAGAAGAAGAAAAUCAGGUUUGCGAAGCCAUUCUGAACUGUUCCCUAACAGGAGGAAGCAGGGAAGCAUUUGAAGAUGAAUUUCAGAGUGAGGAGGAUGAAGAGGAGUGACUUUGUGCCGCAAAAGGCAGCAGCGAUGUAGAUUUCCUUUGUAAUGUGGCUCUGAUUUUUUAUUUUUUUUUUAUUUUUUGAGGGACUGAGAGAAAAGAAGAUAUGAAGCAUUUAAACAAGCACCCUACUGUGUGGAAAUGCUUCUGAAUAACUGUCUUAUGUAAGUGUCAACAAAAACAUCAGUCACAUUGCGCAAAGUAAGACCAUGGUCUAAUUUAGAAGACAGAGUUGUUAUGUUUGAUUAAAUGUAUUUUCUAUUCAUGCUUGUACACUGGUGCUCAUUUGUAUUUUGUUUACAUAUUAAAGCACUAUUUUUGAAGAUAA